UGCGGGAGGUUUGACACUGGUGCGUCCAGGCGGCGGAGGCACACACACAUAGGCUGUGCACACACACAAAGAAAGGCUCGGUAUGUCGGAUGAAGAUUCCCGUGCCAGCACCAGCUCUUCCUCCUCUUCAUCCUCAACUCAUCAUCAUCAUCAGCAGCAGCAGCAGGACGCAAUCCCCUCAAAGAAACGAGAAAGCAAAGCCAGCAUGAGCAAGACCUCCAAACUCCUCUCUACUAGUGCUAAAAGAAUUCAGAAGGAAUUGGCUGACAUUACAUUGGAUCCACCGCCAAACUGCAGCGCCGGUCCUAAAGGAGACAACAUCUAUGAGUGGAGAUCGACCAUCCUGGGCCCUCCAGGCUCCGUGUACGAGGGAGGAGUGUUUUUCCUGGACAUCGCCUUCACGCCAGACUACCCCUUCAAACCACCCAAGGUGACGUUCCGUACGAGGAUCUACCACUGUAACAUCAACAGUCAGGGGGUGAUCUGUCUGGACAUCCUGAAGGACAACUGGAGUCCUGCCCUCACCAUCUCCAAGGUCCUACUGUCCAUCUGCUCCCUGCUCACUGACUGCAACCCUGCUGACCCUCUGGUCGGAAGCAUCGCCACACAGUACACAACAAACAGACCUGAGCACGACAGGAUAGCCAAACAGUGGACCAAACGCUACGCCACAUAAUCACCAGAGGAGCUGCUGGUUAGACGACUUAGGGGAUGUGGGGGCGUCGACUCGGGGGGCGUGGCUCCCAGCGGAGGUGGGGCAGGUAGAGGGGCGGGUGGAUUUUUAUCUCGGAAUUGAAGUCUUAACUCCUGACUUUUUGUUGUUUAUUGUAUUUUUUAAGUUAUCUGCGGCCCAACUAUAAUCAUAUCCGGCAAUAAUGCAUUUAGUGUUUUCUCUCUGAAUUUUUAGCUUGUGCUUGAAGAUGGACAUUAAUACUAAACUGCUAGAAGAAAUGUGUCACAGCAUGAUUCCCAGUCAAUUAAGUCAGUGUAAAUUCUCACAUGUAUAAGUUCCAGUUGGUGUUUGCUUCCCUCUCCAAACUCCUGGUCUUUGAAAAGGUGUUUUACACAUGUAGACAUGUUUAGCUAUGGAUGGAUAUUGGUUGUGAUUUGUGUUCUGUACUGAUAAAAAGCUGUUCUGUUUCUCCCUUAAGAAUUAAACAUGACCAACUGAAGCGUCUGACUUUGUUCGAUCGUUU